CUUGAUAUUAUCGCUGAGGUAUCUUUUUGUAUUUUUCUGCUGGGGAUGGGCCAGAUUGGGAAGGGCGGUACGAGGGUGAGACUUGGCGUUGGUGUUUUGGAACAUCAAAGAUGGACAGGGUUUUCGCGGAGGUCGCUCCUCAGAUAUCUCCACAACUACAGAUCGGGGAUCUUCCAAAAUCGAGAAGAUUGGUGCAUACGGCUAGGUCUCUUCACCUUACAAUUUGUAUGGCAAUUUGGCCCGGGGUUGUGGUGUGGUAGGGGAGAAUGGGGGAUAAUCCCACGCAGGAGUUCCGAACGACGUCUGGUUCACGUUUGGCUGGAUAACUCCACCACCACACGGGGUAUGCGGUCGGCGAUGGGGUCAGAAUGCUCGUAUGAUCGAGGGCUUUUCGAUGGAUCUAUCGGCGGGUUCUUAUUCGAAAAAUCGAGCGAGUUCGUGGUGGAGCGGUUUGUUGGCAUAGAUGCCUGUGUAUAUAUUCUCAGAGUCAGAUUAAAGAAGAAGUAUGAUUUAAAUCAAUUAAAUAUGAGGUUCUUAUUCUCAACUGAGACAGGAAUUAAAUACUUAAUAGACUUUCUAUCAGAAACUCAAAGCAGCUACAAGAAAAUGGCUGAAUUCAGAAGUAUCUGA